CGCUGGAUAAUGAGUGGAAGGUCUGGCCGAGAGGGGUUGAAAGCCGUGUCGGUCUGUGACGGCAGUGGCCAGGACGGUGUGUCGGUAGACGCAGUGGCUGGUACAUGUACAUUUAACAGUUUACGAGACCGCCAAGCUGCUUCCCCAAGUGGUUGGACCGUUUCACAUUCCUGUUGGCAGGUGCAGGAAGGACCCUCGGGGGGCUGGGAUGCCAGUGGAAGUGGACCCCGACGGCGAGGGCGGCGCCCAUGCAGGAGGCUCAGGAAUCAGGCUGGCCAGUUCAUCUCUGUGGUGACCCUCUUUGAGGUGAUGGCCAGGAGGAGGAGCUCCAUACUGGCGCAGGGAGCACCCUUGGGGGGCCAGGAUGUCAGUGGGCCGGGCACCCGCCGGCGAGGGCGGCCGCCGCGGAAGCACCGCAAGAGGAAAGUAGCCAUCACCACAGAGGUGACCCUCUUUGAGAUGGUCGCCCUGGGGAAGAACUCGGUGCAGACGGCCGUCGAGGAGUGGGUGCAGUCCUAUAAGGUGGACAGGGAGCUGGCCUUGCUGGACCUCAUCAGCUUCUUCGUCCAGUGCUGUGGCUGUGAAGGGAUGGUGACGGCCGAGCUGUACCAGAGCAACCAAGGCCAGAACGUGGUGCACAAAAUGACCGAGAAGUUUGACCAGGAGACCGGGCUGUACUACAAGAAGUUUCUGGCCUACCCCUGGAUCCUGACCAUCAUGUGGCCAGAGAAACUGCAGAAUGACUUUUACCCCAUCGUGGGGCCAGGGCCCUUCUGGAAAAGGUUUCGGGUGAACUUCUGUGAGUUCACAGAGCUGCUGGUGCACCAGACGCACUCCUCGGUGCUGUGUGACGGACACCUCAUGCACACAGUGAUCUGCAUGCUCAGCGGCCUCACCAACUCCGCCGUGUACAGCCUGCGGCACACCAGCUCCCUGGCAGCCAUGAAGCUGCUGACGGCGCUGGCCAGCGUGAACCAGGGCAUCUGCACGGGCAGGCGCACGGCCCAGCGGCUGUACGAGAUCGAGAGCAUCACAAAGCUCAAGGGCAGACACAAGUACUACAUGGAGCUGCUGGACCAGCGCAGACACCAGUUCCAGAACAAGCCGAUGGCCAUCGACAACAUCAUCUGUGCGCUCUUCAAGAGGACGUUUGUGCCCCGCUACCGUGACAUCAGCUCGGACAUCCGUGUGAUCUGUAUGGGGGAACUUGGCUGCUGGAUCAGGCUGUAUCCAGACAUGUUCCUGGACAACAACUACUUGAAGUACAUCGGCUGGAUGCUGUACGACAAGGACGCGAGUGUGCGGAUGAAGUGCAUCCUGGCACUGAAGGCACUCUACGAGAAAAGAGAGUCAGCUAUGAAGUUGGGCCUUUUCUUCUAUAAGUUCAAGAAGCGAAUCCUGUCGAUGACGCAGGACAGGCAGCCGGAAAUCACAUCCGAGUGCAUGCAGCUCCUGAGGCUCAUAUCCGAGCACUACGUGGGCGUGUUCUCCGCCAUGGAGUACGUCUUCCUGUUCCAGUUUGUGUACGCAGCCUACAGGCCCAUGGCCACAGCUGCGGGCGAGCUCAUCUGUAAGAGGCUCCUGGCCCCUCCGCCCCAUGAAGGUUUCUUUGGUCAAGAGCCCCCUGAUGAGUUUGAUAGAAAUCUGCAGAACAUGAAGACGCUAAUCGACUUCUACCUGCAGGGCGAGUUCCACAGACAUGUCCCGUACCUGGUGGACGGCCUGUGGGAGGCAGCGCCCGCCCUGGUCCGGAACUGGGAGUGCAUGACGGCCCUGCUGCUGGAGCCACGUGGCGGGCGCCAAGCACUGACGAGUCAGCAGGAAAGAGUGCUCAUUGAGAUGCUCGUGGCCGCUGUGCGACAGGCUGCAGAGGGCCGCCCACCUGCUGGCCGCCGACUGGGCAAGAAAGCGGCCAGGGAGGUGGACGGGACCCGCCGCUGCCGCGAGCAUGCCAACAUGAGCCGACACUUUGUCAAGGUGCUGCCCCGGCUGCUCUCCAAGUUUGCAGCAGACAAAGAGAAGGUGACCCCCCUCCUGCAGAUCCCACAGUAUUGCAACCUGGACGUGUACGACAUGGACGGCCUGGGCUCGUACCUGGACGCAGCCCUGCUAGAGCUGGACUGCCUGGUGCAGCGGCACUCGGACGUGGCGGUGCUGGAGGCCUGUGCCCGCGCCUACGGCACCUACUGUGAUGAAGGGGGCUCUGCCCACUGCCAGGCUGCCCCUGCCUGCAGCCGGCUGGUGGACAUGCUGGUGGACGUGCUGACCCCACUGCUGGACGUGUUCAUCCAAAAUGAGAGACAGGGCCUGUUCCUUGGACACGGUGAGAUGGGGCGGAUCUGCUCCACGCUGCGGAGACUGGCUGCCUUCUACAGCGCACACGACCUGAGCAGCUGGAACCUGUACGAGAAGAUGGAUAGCCUGCUGACUUUCCGGAGGCACCAGGGCAGCCUGCCCACUGAGGUUGUCCACUGUGCGCUCCAGUGCACCUACUAUGCGCUCCUGUGGCAGAUUGUCGCAGCCACGGACCGGCUGCCGCCCCAGGAGGUGCUCCUGGACUUGAGGAAAAGGCUGAUGAAGUUCUGCCUGGUCUGCCGCGUGUACCUGAACCACCAGAGCAAGGUGCUGAGCGAGAAGGCCUUCAUCCUGCUCUGUGACUUGCUGCUCAUCCUGAGCCACCAGGGCCCCGAGGAGGACACGGGCCUGGGGCUACUGUUCUUCGUCCCCGAUCAUGUCCUGCAGUGUAAGCUGCUCACCUUCGUCAGGGAGCACGUGUUCCUGGAGGACACAGGAGCCGCAGGUCCCAGCAGAGUUUACAAGGAGGAGGAUGCGGACGAGCUGCAUGAGCUGUUCCACAGGAGAAACAUGCUGGCCGUGGUCUGUAAGCUCAUUGUCUGCAACGUGCUGGAGAUGAGCGCGGCCGCUGACAUCUACCAGUUCUACCUGAAGCACUACCAUCACUUUGGCGACAUCAUCAAGGAGACCAUGACGAGGACGAGGCAGAACGACAGGCUCCGCAAUGCGCUGUCCCUGCUUCUGUGCCUGCAGCAGCUGUUCCAGAAGCACGUGGACACGUACGGCCUUGGCUAUGACCCCAUCGAGUUCAUCUGCGGCCCCUUCUACUCCAUCCGGCUGCUGGCCCGCCGCUUUGCGCUCACCCUCGGCUUUGACCGCGCCCGGGACGCUGCCCACCUGAUCCACAGGCGCGGGCUGGCCUUUGCCUUCUCUGAGUCCCCAGUGCCUGAAGAGGAGGCUCGGCAGCGCUUCCCCAACCUCAGCUUCCUGCUUGUGCUCGCUGAGUUCUCCUGCAAGAUCCCGCCAGCCGAGCGACAAGCUGCACUCGCCCAAUUCCAGGACUCCAUUCCCGAGGGCGUGCCUGUCUUUGGGGAGGGGGACAUGAACCCCAUGCUCGUCUACCGCAAGUCCCUGAUGAGGACAGACUACGUGGCCCAGGGGGAGGAGGAGCCCGCUGCCAACCCGUUUGACGCCAUAUGCAAAGACAGCAAGCGGCCCCAAGAGCUGCCCGUGGGGACGUGCUCCACCUGGACACCAGACACCCUGGCCAGCUCCAGCGCAGGGGACAGAGAGACGAGAAACUCCUCCAAGGGCCAGAAGUCCAAGAGGGACGUCUUUGAUGUUGACUUCCUGUCGUCGGAGGACUCUGAGAACUCUUCCAACGAAGACGUGGAUGUGGAAGGCAUCUCCGUCCAUGAGGGGGCAUCAGACUGAAGAAGAGGACACACGCCCCGCUGGGACUCACGUCAGGAGUUCCGCGUUCCUCCUCGGUUGCUGCCUUGCGUUCCUGGGCUUGGGGAGCCAGUGGCGUCCAGGUGCGGCUGACCCAGGCCCCUGGGGGCUCCAGGCGGAUGAUGGUGACCCCUACCAUCCGCCCCUGCGCAUCCCAGCCCCGUAGGUGGGGAGAGGGCCACGUGACCGUUGACUGGGGCCCCCGCGGGGUGCCCGCGCACCCACCCACCUACCCACCAGGUGCCUACCCGCCUGCGACUUCCCUCUGGCGACUGCUGUGCUUGGCUGGAAGGUUCCGGAACCAGCUUUGCCCCCCGCCGUGGAGCAUGGUACUGGCUCUGUAGUCCGGCGUGGUCCUACAUGGAGCGGCUCUAGCUCUUCCUUUCCCGGCCCAGGGCCCCGCUAUUGGGCGUUUCCUGGUGUCCAGUGCUGAGGGCCGGAUGCAGGGCAGGUACGGGCCUGCUGCCUGCGGUCGGCUCAGCACCUGCUCACUUCAGGCAGACCAGCUGCACCCGACUCGGGGCGGGGGCUGAACGCACAUAGGCCGCCCUCCCUGGACACGCAGGGUGGGGCACUCUGCGCCUCAGAUCCCGUGUGGGUGCCACGCCAGAACUCCCGGGGCCACUGUGUGGAGGAGGACGCCCCCAUGUGGACACGGACAGCCAGGCCGGUCUGUGGGGAGGACUCCUGCCGGUCGUGCACAGGCAAGAGCGCCCCGGGAGCUCAGGCCUCUGCAGCCCUGCGUAGGCCUGGGCCAGGGGGUUUGCCGUCCGAGGGGCGGGGGGAACACCAGUGCCUCUGGCUGUGCCCUCUCCAGGACUCUGGAAGCCGCUGUGGGAAAGCACGGCCCUCGGCCAUGGCGUCAGGACCACGGGUGGCCCGCGUGCAGGUCUGGGCAGGAGGACCACCCUGCUGGACACUCCGGGCCCCAAGGCCUGGGACCCUCGGCCGGGCUUCCCGUGUCCCAGAGCCGUGCACACUGCGUGAAGUCUACCGUGGGGACACUGCCGUCUGCCCCCCGUAGCGUCCCCGCCUGGCGUCUGUGCCCAUUGUGACCUCCGUGUGCCGUGUCGUGGGCAGGGCAAGCCGAGCCCGUCAGAGAAAAUUCUUAAAUUCUUUAUUUGAAAAUACAAACGUGAUCUCGUAAAACAUUUUUAAACUGCUAUACACACCAAAUAAAAGUUAACUUUA